UGGCUGUUCUCCUGGCGAUCUUGGAAUUUGAUGUUGUACCAUUCCAUCGGCUCGGUUUUUGCAAUGAUCCGAAGAUUUCUUUCAAAUUUACGGGUGACACGAUUUCUGUGGUCCUACUCAUAGUUUUUUCCAUCAGUCUACCUCUUGUAAUGAUGUAUAUCACGGAAUAUGUCUGCCAUAACGCUAACAGUUACGAGAAAGCGUCAUGUCGUACCCGGGGUAGAAUCUGGCUUUGGUACGGACACUAUUUUGCAGGGCUCUCCACGCUCACAUUUGUCUGCGAACUCACGAAACUCCUGAUCGGUGAGCCGCGGCCGCACUUUCUCGACACGUGCAAACCGCGCGAGGUGGCCAACUGCACCGAUGAAUAUAUCAGUUUUUAUACGUGCACGAAUACAGAGUUUUCCAAAUGGUUCAUCAACGAUUCCAGCAAAUCCUUUCCCUCUGGUCAUUCAGCCUUAUCUGUCUACACUAGCAUCUUUUUGGUGUGGUACCUGCAAAACCGUCUUCCAAAUCGGACAAUGUUUCUGAAACCAUGGCUACAAUGUUUAAUAAGCGUAUGGGCCGUGAUCUGUUCAACGACUAGAGUGAGCGACAACCGACAUCAUUGGUGGGACGUUCUCGUCGGCGAUGUCCUCGGGCUUCUAUUCGGCGUGUUUGUCGUGGUGGUACCAUGCCAGCACUUCUACUUCAAGCGCAUCGACGCUACUGUUACGGUGAAGCACACUCUUAAUGAACCUUUGGAAAAUGGCCAGAUUAUCAGUGGCUACAAUAAAAUACAGCACCAACAAAGCGAUAAGCAGUUAUCCUCUGCCAUCGAUUCGGAAGACCGAGAAAUGAAGAACGUCACAACGUGGAGAGAAUAUACCAUGGAAGAAGCAUAAUCAUUUUAUUCCCGAAUGACAAAGGACAAAGGACCAUGAAUGACGUGAAUGACAGGGACAAUUUUAGGAGUGAAAAUGGAAAUAUAGGAAAUUUUAAAGAAUUGCAAUGAAUUAUUCGUCUUGGAAAAGAUUCUAUUUCAGAUAUGUCGGAAGAGUAUAUUUUUACUGUACCUGAUUUUAAGUAAUGAUAAUAACUUACAAUGCAAUAGUUGUAAUAUUGUAUGUAAAGAGAUAGUUACAUAAAAUUGUAUAUCAAUAGUCAGUAAUACGAAAGAUACUAUUUUCAAAUCUAAAUUUAAAUCUUUAUGAGAUUUUAGAGUUGAAAAUAUCCACACACAUGAAAAUAAAAAUUUGAAACAAGAUAAAAAUACUAAUGGAAGAAAUACACGCGUAGAAAAAUUAAUUCUGUACGAAAGAUUGGAUAUAUAGAUAAGGUAAAUAAUAAUGAACAUAAUGAAGAUUAAUGUAAAUAUAAAC